GCCUCUACCCCCCCAGCUUUGUCUGUGGAUCAGCACUCUACAGUUUUCCAUGAGGAGAAGGUGGUAUUGAAACCCCCGUCUUCCUCUGCAAGCAGCCCUACAAUUUAUUCCUCUCCCGCAGCCCUUCAACGUGUUCUUCUCCCCCCAGCCCUUCCAUGUGUCUGCCUCUUCCCCCAGCCCUUUGGCGAUCUCUGCAGCAGCCCAUCAUGUGUGCCUCUCCCCCAGCCCUUAGGUGAUGAUCUGCAGCAGCCCAUCAUGUGUGCCUCGCCCCCCCCAGCACAGAAGAGGAGAAUGUCUCCAUUUGAAUACUCUGCUGGCUGCUCUGAAAAUGAAGCCACUUCCAGGUUCAGUCCUGUAUGGAAGUCAUGUGCAAGAAAAGGGGAACCUGCACCUAAGAGAACCUGGAGCAGCUGGAUUAUGAAAGCUAUUUCCAAGGCGUAUACAGAGCAGGACAGACCAUCACCUUCAGGUUUGAAGGCACAUGCUACCAGGAGUGUUGCAGCUUCUUGGGCAGCAGAAGCAGAAGUCUCUUCAGAGGCUGCAGGGUGGCUACCUAGGCAUCAUCUCAUAAUUCUGCAUUGCUAAAGUAGACCUUUUUGUGACAAAUGGAUACCAAUAAACUGGAGGAACAUAGCCCAGAGGAAUUGGAGGCAAACACCACACAGCAAAAUUUGGCUCCUACUGCUGAACAGAUCCAUUCAAAUCUGCAAAAGGAAGUGGACGAACUGGCCAAACAGUAUGGCAUUUCUGAGGAUAAAGAAAAAGUUGAACAAGCGCCUCUAACAAGCGGGCCUUCCAAAAACCCAGAAACAACUAGCCAUAAGCCAAUUGCUCCCAAAAGAGAAAAAAAAUUGCUUAGACGAAAUAAAAGUAUUGAAGCCUCUAAUAAAAUAGGCAAAAACCAAAAUACAGAAACAAGUAUAAAGAUAGAAAGCAGUGUGCUGGGAGAGAACGGCAGCCAGCUUCCCAAAGAAAGUGGACAGCUUGGACUUCAACAAGCUAAAGAAUCAGAAAAAGAUGGAAGACACAUAGGUUCUGAAGAAAAUGAUAUCCCUGACAUUUACUGUAUCUCAUGUAAAACCCCAGUUAGAGCUUUUGACAAGCUGUUUGGUGCACACAAGGAUCAUGCAGUCAUGGGCAUAAGUGCUGCUGUUGAACAAAAGAAAGAAGAAAUGCGUAAAAACAUGAGCAAACUGGAGGAGCAGGUUGUGCAGAUGGAGAACUUUGCAAAUCACCUAGAGGAGAUAUAUAUUACAGUAGAGGAAAAUUUUGCAAGACAAGGGCAGAAUGCUGAGAUGCACUAUACUGAAGUUAUGGAUUUGCUUAACACAAAGUAUGAAGAAAAGGUACAGGUUCUGGGAGAGGAAAAGAAACUCAAACUAGAAUCCUUGUUUGAGCAGCUCAUUGACUGUGGAAAGAGUCUUGACAAUUCCAAAGACCUGAUGGAGACAAUCCAAGGGUUAUUUAAAGAAAAAGACAAAGUUGCCUUUGUAAAAACUGCGUUACAUACAACCAACAGACUGAAUGGCUACUUCAAUACAGAUAUAAAUUUAAGCAUUUCUACUAAUGCAGAAUAUGAAAACCCGUGCAUAGACCUCACUCAAGUGGAGCACCUUCUGGACUCCAUUCACACAGUACCAGCUCCAUCUGCCCCUGUCAUCAACCCACAAACACCAAACUCUGCCACAGCCACAUCGCUGCGUGUGUGCUGGAGUCUCUUUUCCGAUGACACAGUAGAAAGUUUCCAGCUUUACUAUAAGCCAGUCUGUGAUUGUGCUCCAGGGGAGGAUCAAGAAGAGUUCAUGAUAAGAUCAAAAGAAACGUACUGCACGGUCACAAACCUGAUGCCAAACACUCAGUAUGAGUUCUGGGUCACUGCUUUAAAUGUCACAGGGACCAGUCCAGCGAGUGAAAAUGCUGUGUAUGUGACAGCUCCUUCUCCUCCCAUCAUUAAAAGCAAUGAAUGUCGAAGUUGUGAAAAUGCUGCUUUAAUCUGCUGGGAAUCUGGAAACAUAAAUCCUGUUGACUCAUACACUGUUGAAAUAUACAAAGUGACCAGCGGGACAAAUGAUGAUUCUAUCACAGAAUCUAUUGUUGGAAUUCCCAUUUGUGAAUCUUUAAUCCAGUUGCAGACAAAUCAGACAUAUAACAUCAGCGUCCGAGCAGUAAAUGUAGGUGGGCCGAGUGAAAGCAGCAAAUCCAUUUCUAUUCACACCACAGGUACUUUCUUCCAUUUGGACGAGGAAACUGCUCAUCCUCUCUUAUCCAUAACUGAUAAUGGAUUUACAAUUGCAUGUGCUGAGGAAGAAAGCCUUGUGGAUUUACCUUAUUAUUCUAAAAGAUUCUCAAGGUGUAUUGCUGUUAUGGGAAAGCUGAUUCCGUUUAAGGGGAAGCAUUAUUGGGAGGUGGAGGUUGAUGAAAAUACGCAAUACAGGAUUGGAAUCGCCUAUGAAGAUACAAACAGAAAUGGAUUACUGGGAGCAAACAGUACCUCCUGGUGUCUUCGACACAUCCUGACACCCUCAAGGCACAAAUAUGAGUUCUUGCAUUGUGGAGUCUCUCCAGACACUCGAAUUACAAUACCACCAAGAAGAAUUGGAAUUCUGCUGGAUUAUGAGCACAGCAAAUUGUCAUUCUUCAACAGGGACCUUGAACAGCACAUGUUCACAUUUGUCUGCCAAUUCUGUCACCUGGUGCACCCAUGUUUUGGUUUGGAGAAGCCAGGAAGUUUAAAGAUACACCAUGGCAUACCAAUUCCUGACUUCUUGAGGAACAAAAAAUGUAAAAGUUAAAAUCAAAGUGGUGAUGAGUGGGUGAGUAUGUGAAGACAUUUGGUUUUCUAGGAAACCUUUUGCUAGCUAGUGAAAACUUCAUGUGCCCUAAAACAAUGUAUAGAAUGUAUCAUGCAAAGCUAGAAUUAUUAAAGCUAGAAUUAUUAAAGCUAGAAUUAUUAAAGCUAGAAUUAUUAAAGCUAGGAUUAUUAAAGCUAGAAUUAUUAAAGCUAGAAUUAUUAGAUAUCUGUUUAAAAACAUGGCAGAAUGGAUGCUGGAAGAUGAUACCAUUCAAUCACAGUGUGGAUGUCUCAAUAUGAUAAAUUCUGGGAAAUGCAACCAAUGUUGGCUGCUGGCCUCUUUGUCAUGAUUCUUAUAAUUUUAUUGAAUUAUCCUGAUAUCCCUUAAACCUGUCACUCUGUUCUAUUCUAUGUAGUAAUUUCUUGCUGGAAAUGCGAAUGGUGCUGCUUGCAAUAGAGUCUCAUUCAUUAUUCUAAAACAUCUGCUAACAAACUGGGUUUUAGGGUUCAUUUGGGGGAAUUGCAUAUUCUUCAUAUAAUUUAAAAAAAAAUCUACAUUUUGUCUCAUGCUGAAGAAAGACAAAAAAACUAAUUUAUCUUCUAAGAAGUAAUCACAUAUUACCGGGGAGGGCGAUUUACUAAUGGAAAAAAAAAAAACUGUGAAAAAAAGACAAUUGCUUAAAAAAAACUCAGAAGAUAUACUUGCCAAGUGACUUUUCAAAUUUUUUUCUUUAAUAAUAUCUGAGUAUUCAAGGUUUUCGGAAAAAUUACUAGUGUGUCAUAUUUUUUCUAAAAUCUGCUGGGCAGAGCUGAAAAACAGAGGUUGUCUUCUUCCCUCCCCCCCAUCCAAAAGGUGAAGAAAGCUUCCCUAAAACGAUAGCAGAUCUGAGAGUGAUGGUAACUAAAGGUGUAGAUGAACAGAAAUGUAUUCUACAGAAAAGAAAAAUGUUUGUAAAUGUUUUGUACGUUUAUAGGGCAAACGGUACAGUUUACAUCUAACGCUAAUCAGACUGUGUCAAGGCACUGUAUGUUCAACUAAAUAAAU